GGUUACUUAGCGUUUGAUCGAAAGCUGAACGGCGAACAAGCUCGAUCUUACCACGCGCAAGAUCGACUAUCGCGUCAAUAGCAGAUCUUGCCGUAGACAGGCUGCAUCAGCAUGCGUCCUCGGUCUUAUAACGGAGGAAAUGCGGGGGGGAUUAGCAACUUGCCAUGCCAAAGUGGCAGGCGCCCAUCUCGGGAGUCUGUGGUUCCUCAGACUAGUCACGCAAACCGAACCACUCGCGUGCUUGUCAAGCUCAUUAACAGUCGCCGAGCAUAGCUCGAAUGCUGUGGGAAAUUUUUCACCGGCUAUAUGGCCAUUACAUACUGCAAAUGAAGAAUCCUACUCGUGCGUGCUAAUCUGCUUUCGUCGGCCGACCUGUUUCGGAAGAUUUCCCCCAGGAUGGCACGAACUUCUAACCUCAGGCACGGUUCAGGUACGCCCAAAACGUAUGUUGUGGCUGAAUCAGUGGGGUUGGGGCAUCCUCCGACCUCCUGAUUUGCAUUUCAAUUGUCGAGAACGCGAAGGGUGGAAUAAUCCAUCAACAUCGCCGCACUUGAAGCACUUGCUCAGCUGCCAAGUCCAAUCAUCCAUUCCUGCAAAGAUUCCGCUUGUCUCUUGGGGGCUGGCAUCUUGCUGACUCUGAAACGCUACAACCAACAUUGGAGGUUGAACAAACCACCACCAACGACUCUGCCAAUCCGCGUGCGACAGCGCCUGAACAGUAGCUCAAGCGUGCCUUGCAUGACACCCGCUACCCGUGUAUCGGUGUCGUUACAUCAUAUCGGUCUGCACGACCCCAGAGGCAGAUUUCGCUAGUGAGAUUUAUCGCUUGGUAUCAGAUCUGCC